CCAUUAUGCUGUUGGGAAGAAGCUGUCAUCUCUUGUCAGCGAUAUUUGGGAUCCUCCUCCUCCUCAACUUCCUCACCAUCCCUAGAGCCGCCGGGUCAAGUGGCCACCAGGUGCAGACUCAGGUGUACACCAACAACAUCUCCUCCCUGCUGGACAGCCUGCUGCUGGGAUACGACCACCAGCUCCGUCCCUCGCACGGAGGCGCCCCUACUACAGUGGAGAUCGACAUCGAGGUUCGCAGCAUGGGACAGAUUUCCGAGAUGGACAUGAGUUUCUCGAUGGACUGUUACUUCCGCCAAUCGUGGGUGGACGAGCGGCUGGCCUUCCCGCUGCCUGGGGAGCCCUUCACACUGUCCCUGGCGGUGCUGGACAAGCUAUGGAAGCCAGACACCUUCAUCCACAACGGCAGGCAGAGCCACAUCCACCUCCUCACUGCGCCCAACAAGUUUAUCAGACUGUACCGCAGCGGCAGGAUCCUCUACUCCGCCAGGCUGACCAUCAACGCGUACUGCCCCAUGAGUCUUCACAACUUCCCGAUGGACACCCAGCGCUGCCCUCUCAAGAUGGGCUCCUUCGCGUACACUACCAGGGACGUCGUGUAUCGCUGGAACGGUGACAGGCAGGUGGUCAUCGCACCGGACCUCAUGCUGUCCCAGUUUGACCUAAUCGCCACUCCCUCGGGAUUUGAGAACACCACGCGGCUCACGGGGGAGUUCUCAACACUCCUGGCCAGCUUCCACCUGCAGCGCCACAUGGGCAACUUCCUGAUCCAGGUGUACGGGCCGUGCAUGCUGCUGGUGGUCCUCUCCUGGGUAUCCUUCUGGCUCAACAGAGAGGCCACGUCCGACCGCAUCUCUCUUGGUAUCACAACGGUGCUCACCAUGACAUUCCUCGGGCUGGAGGCGAGGACUGACCUGCCCAAAGUGUCCUAUUCCACUGCUCUUGACCUGUUCGUGUGGCUGUCCUAUGGAUUUAUCUUUGCCACCAUCAUUGAGUUUGCCUUCGUGCACCUCUUCACCAAAGUGGGAUCUGGGGAGGUGUACGAGUGGGAAUCUUCCGAGGACGAGGAUAACAACAAUGAUGAUAAUGAUGGCGAGGAAGCUGAUGACAGUGACGCGCUGGAGGACGAACAGACGACAGUGGCGCGCACCAUCAUGCUGCUAAAGGCUAAAGGGAAGAGAACCUGCGUGUCCAGUGAGAUCAACAAUGCUGCUGGCUAUCCUUAUCCCUGCCCCUCUUCACCCUUAUCUCUUUCUCCAACACUGCCAACUAGCAAUAGCAGCAAUAGCAACAGCAGCAGCAACAGGCCUCCAUCCUUGGCUGAGGCCCCCAACACUGCCCCGUCAGCCUCAGCCACACCGUUCAUCGUGUGUCAGCAAGAGGGAGCCAUCCACUCCUCACAGCUCACACUACCCUGCUCUUCCCUCAUUGCCAGGGAGAGGAGAGGAGCCUUGAAGCAUCGGCCACAUGACAAGAGGCGCUACACAAGGCACAAAAUGAAUUCAGUCUCAUAUAUUGACGAAGCAUCUAGAGUGUUGUUCCCACUGAUAUUCCUUUGUAUAAAUCUGCUGUACUGGUGCACUUACCUGCCUGCUGCCUAACACCACCCUCACCACAGCUGUGCUGGUGCCCCUACCUGCCUGCUACCUAACACCACCAUCACCACAGCUGUACUGGUGCACCUACCUGCCUGCUGCCUAACACCACCCUCACCACAGCUGUACUGGUGCACCUACCUGUCUGCUGCCUAACACCAUCACCGCAGUUGUACUGGUGCACCCACCUUCUUGUUGCCGAACCCCAUUACAACAGAUGUGCUAUAUAGUGCAUCACCUGCCUGCUGCCUAAUUCCACUGCCUACAGCCCAACAUCACUACCAGCUGUCCGGUACCACCACCAGCUGCCCAGCACCACCACCUAAACCCAAUACUACCCUAUGCUCCCCAGCACCACCAUCAUCACUGCCUGCAUCUCUCUUCUGUUCACAAUCCAGUGGGAUUUUUCAGACAUACAAAACAAAGGAUAGAAAAUCGGUUGGCCUAUUAAUAGCAACCGAUGGAGGGUAAAUUUUGCAGACACAAACUCGAGUGUCCUCAGCACCAAUACAUUUCCCUUCAGCCGCAAGUAAAACUAUGGCGAGUCUGUACGGUCAUUGUUUUAACACAACUUGCAUUCUUUCACAAAUUUACCCAAUCGAGAGGCGGAACAAAGAGCUAAUUGUAGGAGGCAGGAAGUCACGCUCCCUCAAAACCUACCCCGAGACACUGCCUAGCUACUCUUCACACACCCACUCAGCCCAACGUCCUUCCUUUCGGCCUAUAGGGAACUGGGUCUUUCUCUCUCUCCCUAUCUGUUUAUCCAUAUCGAUCUAUCUAUCUAUGUCUGCUUAUCUAUCUAAUCUAACUAUCUAUCUGCCUUAUACAAUGCAAUUUGUUUAUUCAUGAUCUAAACAUUUACAAAUCUGUACAUACUAUAUUGAUACUUAAAUUCCCCCUGAUUACUGACUGGCCUGUAGUAUUGUGAACUGGAGAUGAGAAAGAUCGUGUGUGUGUGUGUGUGUGUGUGUGUGUGUGUGUGUGUGUGUGUGUGUGUGUGUGUGUGUGUGUGUGUGUGUGUGUGUGUGUGUGUGGAGAAUCUGGAUAAUACACACAAGGAAAUCCCUAUCUCUAUAAGACUACAUAAAGUCAGCGGGAAAGUAUGAAUAAAGAAAAGAUAUCGGACACAGCGGCGUUAUUUGUCCUAACCUGUGAACUUCUGGCCCGCUAUGCCGUCCUUGC